UGAAUUUGUCUCUGUAGUAACAGGGCCACAUUUUUACUUUAGUUUCUGGUCUGUAGCUGAGUCUUGUUAUGCUUCAAACAAUGGCGGCUUCGAAUCUCGUCUCUCAAACCCCAACAACCCUCCCCACGAAGUCCCACCAGCUUUCUUCUAAUCCUUUUUCUGUGAACCCCAUUUUGCGGUUCAAACACAAGCCAAUUUCGAGAAGUUUGACAUCUCUCCAAGCCCGUGUUCUGAGGGCGGUUCUGUCCACUCCAGAACCCAAAACCCAGAACUUUCAGCACUGUUUCACGAAAUCCGAAGAUGGGUUCUUGCGUUGUGAGGGAGUCAAAGUGGAAGAAGUUAUGGAGGUUGCGGAGAAAAGGCCCUUUUAUUUGUAUAGCAAACCGCAGAUUACUCGGAAUGUUGAGGCGUAUAAAGAAGCGUUGCAGGGAUUGAACUCGAUUAUUGGUUAUGCGAUUAAGGCGAACAAUAAUCUCAAGAUUCUGGAGCAUUUGCAGAAGUUGGGGUGUGGAGCGGUUCUGGUUAGUGGGAAUGAGCUUAAGUUAGCUCUUCAUGCUGGGUUUGAUCCUACGAGGUGUGUCUUUAAUGGGAAUGGAAAGAUCUUGGAGGAUCUAGUCUUGGCUGCCCAAGCAGGUGUGUUUGUGAACAUUGACAGUGAAUUUGAUUUGGAAAACAUUGUCGCCGCUGCAAGAAUUGCCGGGAAGAAGGUUAAUGUGCUACUACGCAUCAAUCCAGAUGUUGAUCCUCAGGUCCAUCCUUAUGUUGCUACUGGAAAUAAGAACUCCAAAUUUGGUAUCAGAAAUGAGAAGCUGCAGUGGUUUUUAGAUGCUGUGAAGGCACACCCUAAAGAAUUGAAACUUGUUGGGGCCCACUGUCAUCUUGGUUCCACAAUUACAAAGGUAGACAUUUUCAGAGAUGCUGCUGUUUUGAUGGUGAACUACAUAGAUGAGAUUCGGCACCAAGGUUUUGAAAUAGACUAUUUAAAUAUUGGAGGAGGGUUAGGGAUUGAUUAUUACCAUACUGGAGCUGUCCUUCCGACUCCUAAAGACCUUAUUGAUACUGUUCGUGGACUGGUUAUUUCACGAAAUCUCAAUCUAAUAAUUGAACCUGGAAGAUCACUUAUUGCAAACACUUGCUGCUUUGUCAAUCGUGUCACUGGAGUGAAAACAAAUGGAACAAAAAAUUUCAUUGUGAUUGAUGGCAGCAUGGCCGAGCUUAUUCGUCCAAGUUUGUAUGGAGCUUACCAGCACAUAGAGCUGGUUUCCCCUCCACCUCCAGAUGCCGAGACUUCCACUUUCGACGUGGUCGGCCCUGUUUGUGAGUCAGCAGAUUUCUUGGGCAAGGAUCGGGAGCUACCCACGCCAACCAAGGGUGCUGGACUGGUAGUUCACGACGCUGGUGCAUACUGCAUGAGCAUGGCUUCCACGUACAAUCUCAAGAUGCGUCCACCUGAAUACUGGAUUGACAAUGAUGGAUCAGUGUCCAAAAUCCGGCAUGGUGAGACAUUUGACGACCAUUUAAGAUUCUUUGAGGGCCUUUAAAUUAUUGUAGCUGUCAAUGAUCAUAUCAGCAUUGACUGCGUUAGAAUCUUGGAUCCUGAUUGAAUUUACCGGCUGCCUCUUUCUGCUCUUGAUUUUGUAUCUGUAUGUUUUCAACGGCUAACUAUGCUAUUUAUAUUUGCCAAAAGUGAACAGUAUUGUGUAUACUUCUGCAGUUUGAGUUUUGUUGAUCAACAGUAAAAAAUGAAUGCAGGAAAGCCUCGUCAUUCAUUUCCUGUCAA